AUGAAGAAGCCAGCUCUGUAUGGGGAUUCGUACUGGUGCUAUAAGCAUAGGAUUGCCAUUCUUCUGUUGGCUGCAGUUGAUGCCCGGGGGAUAUUCACGUACGUGAACGUGGGUAAUCCUGGCUCAGUUGGUGAUGCUGCCGCAUAUAUCAACUCCCGUCUCUUUGACAAUCUCACAACCCGCCAAUGGCUCACCGUACCAGAAAAGACUAUCGGAAACAAUCGAGUCCUGCCCUACCUGGUUGGAGAUGCCGCAUUCGCACUCUCUUCGUCGCUCAUGAAGUGCUUUUCAAACCCAGUAACACCUCAGGAGAAGACCUUCAACUUCCGCCUGAUUCGAACCCGUCGCGUUGUGGAACAGGCAUUUGGACGGCUGAAGGGGCGUUUCAGAAUUCUGGUGAAAAACAACUAUUCAGACCCGGACUUUGUUUCUGACGUAACAUUGGUUUGUUGUGCAUUGCACAAUGUUUGCGAACGCUGCCAGUGUCCCUUUGAGAGUUCAUGGGUCAUCAAUCCCAUCCACUAUCAAGCACCACCAGGUCAGGACAAUGCAGGUGCAGAUGGUGAAGGCUUGGCGCUUCGCAAUAUCCUGGCCAACCACAUCCAUGCUCAUCAUCCAGUGCAGUAG